AAUGCCGGUUAUUAACGUUGAAGAUCUAAAGACUGAGAAUGCUUCGAGCGAGGAACUGCAAAUAGUUACCUUCAAUUCUGAUGGCAAAGUCACAGCUGUAACGUUAGACGCAGUUGAUGGGGUUGAAGUAAUCAAUGGUCAUCAAUUUUUAAUUCUAAAAGAUAGCGUUACAAACGAAAACGGUGAGAAUGAAGAGGCUUUUAGUAUUGAGAAAUACCUAACCUUUCCCGAACAACCAAAACCGCUACCUCCUGGUACUCCUGCUUGGGCGGCGAAAUUAAGAGAUUGCGAAAAAGUUGGAACUAGUUAUAGAGGUUGGGUUCGGACAGAAGCUGAACUCGAUAUAGUUUUGACAAUGCAUAAACAAACAACAAUGUCCGUUUGGGGUACGAGACAGUCCUCUUGCCCUGGAAAAAAUGCCACUCGCCUUAUGUGGAAAAGUCAAUAUGUUCCCUUCGAUGGCAUUCCAUUCGUAAAUACUGGCUCUAGGGCAGUGGUCCAAGAAUGCCAACAUGGCCCAAGAAGGAGAGGAGCUGUCAGAAGAAGCGGUACCGAUUCUAAAACAAAAAAUGAAGAUUUCAAGGCUACUUGCCCAGCCAGAAUUUAUAUAAAAAAAGUCAAAAAGUUUCCUACUUUCCGCGUGAAUAUUUGCGAUGAUCGUAAAGCUUUAAAGGAGGAAAUGGAUAAAAGUUUCAGAGAAUUAAAGCAAGCAUUACAAGAUAACCGGGUUAGCGGAGAAGAAAGGCACUACGUUCAUCUACCCGCAGAGGAAGCUCACGAAUUUCAUUCGCUCAACAAUUCAUCAAAAUCGAUCAGAUCGACUUUUUCAGACAUCUCUGCUAAUGACCAAUCAGAGAUGGAUUUGCUUAAUAGAGAAAAUACGGAUAUGGGAGAUGCUGACAGCGAAACAGAUACAAUAAUAAAACCUUUAAAAGGUCGUUUACAUCCGUUAAUUCGGAAGAAGAUAAGAGAGUACGUUGCCAGCGGACAGACGCAAUUAUAUGAAAUUAGAUCUCGUCUACGUAUUUACGCCGAAAGAAAUUUAAAACUAUUAUCUGCCUCUCCCCGUGUGGAAAAACACGAUUUAAGCAUUUUUCCAACAGUGCAUGAUUUGCAAAAUCAAAUUCAAAUGGCCAUAGAGGACGCUGAAAAGGGAUCGCUAAAAUUAGCAGAUAAUGUUACAGUCGAGGCCUUGAGGAAUAGUAAAAGUCUAUCACAUCAGAAGCUAAGUAAGCAUUCUAAGCAGAAGCCUAGAACUUUUUAUGUAACUUUUAGUAAAAAUGAGGAAAAACCCCUAGCCGAUGAAUCACAUUCCAUAACAAAAGUUGAAAUGCGCUAUCCUACUGGCACAACAAAGAGCGUUUCAAAAGAAGAAUUAGCUCAAAUCAUGUUCAAAUCCUUACCAAAAGAAAUUUUUGUUGCAAAUGUUUCAAACGAUUUAUCCGUUGAAGGGAAUUCUUUGGAAAGUGACGAUCAUCUUCAAACAAAUACAUUAAUGACAGAAUUACCAGAUCAUUCAUUAGAAUUUGAUAAUUCUCAAGAAAAUCCCCUGUUAUACCCAGUCACUAAACACGAAGAUUCCAAAACCGAUUCGUCGUUGGAGUUUGUUGAUCUCGAAAAUAAGAUUUAA